CUGUUGAGGGGGUCUCCAUACAUUUUAACCUCGCGAAAACCCCCGAAAAAUCGCAAACGAGAAAAAUAGCUUUCGCCCUCUUCGCGAAACCCUCGCUCCCUCCUCUCUUCUCAUCUCUCCUCUCCCACUCCGAUCUCCGUCGCCACCGUAGGAUAAGCAAUGAAGGUGAGGUCGUCAGUGAAGAAGCUCUGCGAAUUCUGUAGGACAGUUAAACGCCGUGGGAGGGUUUAUGUGCUAUGCACCGCCAAUCCCAAGCAUAAGCAGAGGCAGGGCAUAUCCACAUUUGCUUACGAGGGUCCGCUGCCUCCUGUGUCCUCGGAAGUUUCCAAGAAAGAAACAUCAACCAGCAUCAACUGGCCCAUAGGUUUGGCAUCAAUUUUGAAGAAAGAAGAGAAAUGAAUGACAAUGCAUUUCAAAUUAGGGCGCUUUCGGUUUCUCAAUGUUCUCUGGUACACUUUAAGUAGUCUAUUUGUCGUCACUUUAAGAUGUCAAAGUUGUAUUGGAAUAAUAAUACAUCAGGAUUAAUGUGCAAACCAAGACAUUUUUGGGUAUUCGAUCGGUUAUGUAAGUUUUAAGAUGAUGUCCUUUUUCUCGGUU